AUGGAAGUGCCAAGGGAAAGUGGGUUACCCAAUGCUCUGUGGGCGUAUCGAACAACCCCACGAACAGCAACAGGAGAAUCUCCAUUUAACCUAGCUUUUGGAACAGAGGCUGUAGCACCCGUCGAGAUUGGCGAACCCUCUUGGAGAGUCAUCAAUUACUCACUAGAGGCAAAUGAAGAAGCAAUGAAGGCUAACCUCGAUCUCGUCGACGAGCUAAGAGAGAUUGCAUCCAUCAGACAGCAAAUGUACCAGAGUUGCAUGGCGAAAGUUUAUAACUCCAAAGUCCGCCCUCGCUCUUUCCAAGUAGGAGAUUUAGUUCUCCGCAGAGCCGAAGCCUCACGCCCAAUUGGUAAACUCGACCCGAAGUGGGAAGGACCAUAUAAAAUCACACAAGUGGUCAACAAUGGAGCAUAUCGUCUCGAGAACCUCGACGGACACCCUAUACCCAGAACCUGGAAUAUAGGGAAUCUCAAAAGCCUACAUCUUAAACCCAACUCCAAAUCAUCCGCCUCACUCCUACAAAUUAUCACCAUCGCGGGCGCCGUUGUCAUACAUGGAAUGGGCUUCUUCACCGACGCCGGCGAUAUUUCCGUUGUCUCUUUGAGGAACAGAGGGGGGCCGACUACACAAAAAUCCCCUCUUUAUUCUUCUUUCUUUCUUUUCUUGUCCCGAAAUUACAUUCUCAAUUUUGGAGGGUUGGGUCAUGGAGACGAUAAAUCCUCCAUCAAUAAUUCGUUUUGGGGAGUUGGUACGGGGCAGCCUGAAUUGGGAAUCGCGACAGCCUUAUUAAUUCCAAAGAGAAAAUAA